GAGUAAAGAACUACUCUAACUGGCCUACCAUCCCACAAGUAUACCUCAAUGGUGAAUUCGUUGGUGGCUGUGAUAUACUUCUCCAGAUGCAUCAGAAUGGAGAUCUUGUAGAAGAGCUGAAGAAGCUAGGAAUCCGUUCAGCGCUUCUGGAUGCAGAAAAAGACCAAGACAAAAAGUAAAACAAGCAAAAAAGGAUGCUGUGACAGGAAUAAAGCAAAUUUUCGAUAAGAACUUGUUACCAGUAAAGCCUUAUGUACCUUAGCUCAAAGAAGGCAUCUUUUUGAACUGACACUAAGGUUUACUUGUGAAUGUCUGUUAGCUCAUGGUAAAUGUAGUGAUCUUGGUAUUUUGAUUUAUGGAUAUUGUGAGAAUUUGAGUAUAACUACUGCACUGUAAAGCAUACAUUUGUGGAAAUUGUGUUUUAAAAAAAUAAGUUCACUUCUAAAAGCAUUCACUUCUUGAUUGAGGCGGGAGUAAACAAAAGAACUAAUAAUAUUUUCAUGGGUUUUGAGUGUGUGUGUCUCUGUUCUUUGAUACACGAACCUAUGCAAACAGUGUUUGCAUUCCCUUGCUCCUCUUGAAAAAGUGUUAAGUAAUAGUACAUCAGUUUUUCUGUGUAACUCCUGCUGAUAAGACUUCCUGAGAGCCUGUAAAACUUCUGUAAUCAUGUAUGAUACAGGAGAAAAGUAGUCCAAACAACAGAGAAGAAAAAAGAUUGUGUGAGAGUGCAUGACGUAU